UUUAAUUACAGCACGUCAUUUCGUAUCCUCCCGAUCCACUAACGGUGCUUUUAAGCACUUCAAAUCACCAGUCAUCGUUCUCGUCGAAACCGUCGCUUGCGACAAAGGGCUCGGCGAGUAAAUUAACCCACAGACACAACCCACUGAGUUUCUGGCCGGAUCUUCUCAGUAGGUCGCGAUUCCGAUCCGCUGGUAGAUUCAGAGAAGCACUGCUCUUGCUAGGGUUAGCGUUAGCAACGUCAUCAGGUUUGAGUCCCGUGAGCUCACCUACUUGUUAGGUGACGCUAACAUAGCCUCUCAAGGCUAUGAGCUUAGAAAUAAUGUCCACUGAAAGCCCGUUAUCAACUAGUACAGCGUUUUGUGCUCGCUGUGGGUCCAUAUUACCCUUGCUACAAGAGUUUGGCUCCGUGAAAUGCUACACUUGUAAAGCACAUUAUGAGGCUGAUAAUUAUAGUAAAAUGAAAUUUCAAUACACAAUACAUUUCAAUACUAUAUCUGUGAUCACAAAUGAGAAUAUACUACAUACUGAUGGUCCUGAGGGUCCAGUUGUGGAGAGAAAAUGCGCUAAAUGCGGUUACGACAGAAUGUCAUAUGCAACUCUACAGUUACGAUCGGCCGAUGAAGGACAAACAGUUUUCUACACAUGUAUAAAGUGCAAAUACAAGGAAACUGAAAACUCCUAAAGGCUGCUUUAUACUAGUUUUAAGGUUGUCAAAGGAAAACUCGGCAAUAGAAUCAUUGUAUCAGAAUCACUUUAUGCAAAAAUCAGUUUUACUGAUUGUUUUAAAUUAGGUAAAUUUAAUAAGGAUUAAAAUUAAUCACCAUGUAACUGGUGCGUAAUUUUAAUUCCAUUUCUUGGAAUGAUAACUUUUAAACUGUAAAUUCUAUACUGAUUAAUCUUAAAAACCAUGUUUUAAAAAUUACAUGUAAUAGAAUCAAAUCUGAAUAAUUGAAAUUAUAAACAUUUGUCCAAAUGUUUUUUUUAUGCUGAGAAAUACAUUUCUAUUUUUAAAUAAUAA